UUAUUAUUUUUCUUACAGAUCAGAAUACAGGCAGUGCUGCUGAACGUUCUAUGCAAUAAUAAAUUAUAUACCAAAAACGAAUUAUUUUGAUCAUAUACUAUGGCAGUACAACCUCUCCGUGCAUACGAUGGUGGUAUUAUAGAAAGGCGAUUGCGACCUAUUUAUGAUUGGUUGGACAAUGGCAAUAAUAAAACCGCAUUACAAGAGGCUGAGAAAGUGCUUCGAAAAACUCCAUCACUUCAGGCUGCUAGAGCACUAAAAGCGCUCGCACUAUUAAGGUUAGGAAAAACAAAACAGUGUUUUGCGAUCUUAGAUGACCUCGUUAAAGAGAUCCCCAGUGACGAUAUUACAUUACAAGCAAUGACAAUUUCCUUUCGAGAAUCCCACCAAUUGCACAAAGUAUGUGAGAUAUAUGAAGCGGCAGUUAAAGUGGCACAAAGUGAAGAUCUGUAUACUCAUAUGUUCAUGUCAUAUGUCCGAAUUGGUGAUCAUAGUUCUCAAACACGCACUGCAAUGGCACUCUACAAAUUGACACCCAAGAAUCCAUAUUAUUUUUGGGCUGUCAUGAGCAACGUUCUGCAGGCCCAGACAGCUGUUGAUUCUACAAAAAAAGGAAUAUUAUUGACCCUAGCUCAAAGGAUGGUAGAAAAUUUUAUAGAAGAAAAGAAAAUGGAAGCAGAACAAGAAGCCAGAUUGUAUAUAAUGAUAUUAAAGAUGCAAGAAAAAUGGGAAAAAAUAUUAGAUUUCAUUGAAAGUCCCCUAUAUGAAAAACUAGUGCCGGGAUCAAGAGCACAGGCUUGUAUUCCUUACCUAAUACAAUUAGGCCAAUGGAGAAGGUUAAAUUUACUUUGUAAGGACUUGCUGUGGGAUAACCAGGACCGAUGGGAUUAUUAUAUGCCAUAUUUUGAUUCAGUCUUCAAUUUAAAAGAUAACCCAGAUACUGAUAGUGAUAGUAAUGUUGAUGACACACCAGAGAAAUGUCAUGAGUUCAUCUGCUCUAUUAUUGAAAGCUUACCAUCAGGACGACCUUUAAGAGGACCAUAUUUAGCGAGGCUAGAGCUAUGGAAGCGCUUAUCCAAGGAUGGGGAUCCCACAUCGUUAUUGGGUAGUGGUUUGGCUCUAUGUGUUCAAUAUUUGACAGUAUUUGCCAAUAAGAUGUGUGCAAUUCCCGAUCUGAAGCCAUAUUUGUGUAUAUUACCUCAGAGUGAAAGAGAAGAACAUUGCAGGGACUUUUUAACUUGUUUAGGAUUAGAUGAAAAUAGUAAAGUGGAAUCUCCAAAUGACAUUCAGCGUCAUUGUAACUGUCUUAGUGCCUGGAGAUUGACAGCGCCUAUAGGGAGUGCAGAGGAGGACCUGAAAAUAGCCACAAUAUUAAAAGACCAUUACAUCCGGUGUGUGGCCGACUGUCUAGUCACAUCUACACCCACUGAAUUCUGUGCAGCAGAUACAUAUGCAAUUCUUGCUGCGCAUCAUUUCUAUGCUGCAGCCGUUCAAGACAAGAAUCCAUUGCAUAUAUUAGAGGCCUUGCAUAUACUGGAGUUGGUGACGAAUAGAUCACCAUCAAACUUCCAUGCCAAGUUACUCUUAAUCUCAUUAUAUAACUUCCUAGGUGUAACAGAAGCAGCUGAGUGGAUAUACGAUAAGAUGGAUGUGAAGCAUAUCCAGCUGGUGUCCCUGGGCUGGCUCCACGUCGCCAGACUCGCCCCAGGCCUGUGGCUACAAAGAGCGCUAAAGCGUGUGACUGCCGCGUGCUCUUUCCACGAACACCACGAUCGGGAUAGCGUGGAACAGGUGACGUACGCAUACAAGUUCGGAACGUUCGAGAAGGUGGUGGAGGUGAGGGCGUGGAGUGCACGCAUCCAGGCGUGCGCGUGGGCUGCGCUGUGCAAGCGGGAGAGGGCGCUGCUGUCGCUGGUGGUGAACCCGUGGCAGCAGCAGGAGCUGCUGCUGCCGCCGCCGCACCCGCUGCCUGAACAACCCACUGACAAUCGUGACCUCAACGCAAUAGUGAACUGGCUGCCGACCGGCAACACGGAACAGCAGAAGAAUAACAGUUUCCAGCAGGAUGUUGCGUACCUGAGGCUCAAAGAUGGACUCCUUUCUUGUUUAGUGCUGUGUAAAGAAUGCGCUGAUAGUAAAAGCUUGGAAGAGAAAAGCAACCGUUUGAAAGAGUUACGGUCGUGUGUGGAUGCUUUUGGAGACGCGUUGGACAAGUGUCGAGAGCUGUGUACUGACGAGCCCCUUAGUGUGGCGGCGCCCCUUCCCAGCAGGCUGCUCGCGUUGGUGAGGUCGCCGAUAUCUUACCGCGAGCUGUAUUCAAGUGCUGUGCUGAUGCUGGGUGAGGUAUGCGCAGGCAGCGAGCCAGAGGCCGCAGUGGACCGCCUUCGGAGCGCCCUCACAGCGUCGCGCUCGCAGCUCCAAGAGAGGGCACAGCCACAGCUCUGGGAAAACCGGGACGCGCUCGAGUUCUACGCCAACUACCUAGAGUUCAUUGGAGUGAUAACGUAUCUGUUGGGAAUGUGCCACACUCCUGACUUAAAGAAGUCCAAAAAGAAAGAGAAGCGGUCCCCUGAACAAAUCCGUACCAUAAUAGAGGCCUUGCGUAAGCUCAACGAUGAACUGCAAGAAACCAUAACGACCCUCAUACAAAUCUUCGAAAACUGGCCCAGGUUCGGCGACUUGGCAGGAUCAAGAACUUUUACAACGAAUUGUUUUUCCGGAUCUUUCAAUAGUCCUGUUUGUUCUAAAAUCAAGCAAGGUAUCGUCGGGGUGAUGAGGGAUACUGUGACGAUUCUAGAAAAAAAAAUCGAGUAUUUGAAGAGUUUACCAGCCUCUAGUCAAGUCUCUCAUCAAGUAUAGUCAGAUUGUGCAGGAUGACAUGUGAGGGACAGUUUAAAUAUAGGAUUUUUGCAUUAAAGUAUUAAAUAUGUCGCGCAGUAACAAAAAAUCUGUCCAAUGACCUCUCGCUCAUACAGAUUGUACGUCGGAAUUACCAAUAUGCAGAUUUUUUUACAUAUAAGAGAAGGCAAACGCGCAAAAGGUUAUGGAAUGGGGAGAGGUGAGUCAACCGCCCAUGGACAUCCGCAACAACAGGUGUCAAGAGAUGCGUUGCCGGCCUUUAAGGUGGGAGUAUGGUCUUUUCUUCAAGGUCCCUAAGUCGUAUCGGUUCGAGAAAACAGCAGCCGGUAAUUGAUUCCACAAAGUGGCUGUGCGAGGCAAGAAUUUUCUUACAAAACGCACGGUUCUGGAAUGCCAGACGUCAACAUGGUGCGGGUGUUAUUUUUGCAUUUUGACGUAAUGUAGCCAAUACCAGUGGGAGGCUCCUUUGCACAGGAUGCCGGCUAGAUUAUGGGUACCACAGCGGUGCCUAUUUCUGCCUUGAAGCAGUAAUGUUUAAGCAUUACUGUGUUUCGAUCUGAAUGGUGCCGUAGCUAGUGAAAUAAUUGGGCAAUGAGACUUAACAUCUUAUGUCUCAAGGUGACGAGCGCAAUUGUAGUGCCCCUCAGAAUUUUUAGGUUUUUCACGAAUGAUGAGCGGCUUUGCAUUGUUAUGGGCAGGGCGUAUCAAUUGCCAUCAGCUGAUCGUCCUGCUUGUCUCGUGUCUUACUGUCGUAAAAAAAUGUCCUGUGGUGGAAUUCUUAACUCGACUUAUUUACUACUAGAGAGCAUUUUAACACAUAUCUUUUUUUUUAUAUUAUUUUGCAUCCUGCUCCGAUGCUACAUUUGUACAUUGGUGCGAGUGAGAUGAUACGCUUUACUAUAGCACGUUUGAAUUUGGUUUUAAAGAGAACAAUUUAUGUAAAUGUAUAAAUAGUUUACGUAAGGUGUACAUAUAUACAGUUUGAAUAAAACAUGAGCUCAUAAA